AUGGCAUAUAGGAGAAGGCAGGUUGUAUCGAGGAGUUCGACCUUCAAAGAAGAGAUUAAUGUUGAUGGGAAUGAAUUAUCAGAUGAUGAUAAUAAGAAUGGUGGUUCAAUUAGCGCUCCUCCAUUUUUGUCCUCUAUUCAUAAUUCCUUAGCUACUCCAUCAUUUAAUAAUUCCCUUGCUGCUCAACCCAUCCCAUCAUUUAAUAAUUCCCUUGCUGCUCAAGCCAUCAAAGCUUCCGCUGCUCGUCGCGACCCCUCUCAUUCACUCGCUCUCACCAAUUCUUCUCUACCUCUUCAACAUGAUAAUCAUAAUAGAUCCAAGAGCUUUGAUUCUUACGGUGAUGCUUCCAAAUCUGGUUUUUGGGACGUCCUCGCACAGAAAGCUAAAGACAUUUUGGACGAUGAUAAUCCAUCCACCCAAGUUCCUGAUCAUGAAAUCCGAAAAUUGAGAUCACAAUCUUUUAAUACCAAAAUCGUUCCUACUACCGGUGGAAGCCAGGAUAUUGGAAAAAUUGGUGAGAGUCACCUUAAAGGAUGUGAAGACGUGAAUCCAUCUAUUCACGAAACACAACUCAAGGCAUCUCGCGACGUGGCAAUGGCGACCGCUGCAAAAGCAAAGUUACUUCUGCGAGAGCUUAAGACGGUGAAAGCAGACUUGGCUUUUGCCAAAGCACGAUGUUCUCAACUAGAGGAAGAAAAUAAACUACUCCGUGACAAGGAAGGUCGCGAGAAGGGACAAAAUCGUGCAGAUGAUGAUCUGAUUCGUCUUCAAUUAGAGACACUUCUUGCUGAGAAGGCUCGAUUGGCUAGUGAGAAUGAAGUGAACUCGCGUGAAAACCGCUUUCUACGAGAAAUUGUGGAAUACCAUCAGUUGACUAUGCAGGAUGUGGUCCAUUUCGACCAAGAUAUGGAAGAUGACCCAGAGCUUUAUGGACCCAUAGACACCACUUACGGACCCCAGAUCUUGUCUCCUCGCUCUCAAUUACCAGGUCGAAGCAUGCAUUCACAACCACCGCCACAACAACAACAAGAAGAUCAAAAUACAUCAUCAUCACAAGAUGAAGAAGCUACCCUUGCUCCUUGUAUUCCACCCUCUGUUUCUGAGGAUCAACAUGCAUAA